AUGGGCAACAAAGUUUCAAAGAAUGGAAUUUACUAUCCAAAAGUUCAAUACGUCCACGGACUCGGAUUUCGUGUUGUCCCACAGCGUUUUAAUCGCAAAAGAACCAAAGAUCUCAGCCAGAAAAAGACCAAUCUUGCUGAUCAUGAACAACACUGCGACGAACUAGUGCCGUUGAUGAAAGAAACUCUUGAUGCGUUACUUACAAUUUCAGAACGAAUCGAGAUUAACAAGCUCGUAAAAGGAGUGCAAGAUGAAAUCGAGAAAGCAAAGACAGUUCUAAACGACAUUCGCGAAACGCUAAAAUCAGACGGCCCUAAGGUCGCAAUUGAAACUCGCGAACAGAAGCUUGAACGCUCCCCAAAUCCGAUUCGCGAAGCAAAACGGCUGCUUGAAAAUGUCAGCGAGAAAUUUCGCUCUGAACCGGACGAGAUAAACCAACGACUCGUUGAAAAUUUACGAACGCAAAUUGACCAAUUAGCGAAUAAUGAAAAGGAUCUCGCAAAGGAGCUUGAUGGUUUGCCGGAGAAGGUGGAUGUUUUCAUGAACGAAAUGAAUGACAUUUCGAAUUUGCUUUCAUCCGCGGGAAAAUCUGAUGAGCCAGUUGAUUUUGUGAAGGUGGAAGAUCUGGACAAAGCAGAAAAAGUUCUGGCAACAUGGGAAGAAGAAAAAGACAAAAUCGAGGAAAGCGUAAACGACGCGAAGAAAAAUCUCGACAACAUCAGCAAGUCACUCCCUCAACCCUUCCGCGAAGAGCAAGAAGAGCAAAUUCUAGCGUUCGCGUCUGAAGCUCGCGACAAAUCGUCUAAAAUGGACAAGCUCAAGAAACGGCUCGCCCAAGCAAGAGCUGCGCACAAGAUGAAGGAGCGAAUCAAUUCCGCGAUAGAAGAAAUUGAAAUCAUGGAAGAAGACCUCGCCCUCGAUCAAAAUGGCCAAAAGAGAUUCAUCGAUUCCGUCCGAGAUUCCAAAAAGCAAAAUGAACAGCAUGAACGCCUCUGCCAAGAUUACAAGGAGCAGCAGACAGCUGUCCUUGCUGAAAUUCUAGAGCUAGAAAAGCCUCUUGCAGGAGAUUCAGCAGAAAUUUGCGAUAUGAUUAUUGGACCUUCUACCGACAAUUUGAAGGAGAAAAUAAAGAACUUCGAGAUCCGAAUGAGCGAAAGGGGCGACUUCCUGAAAAAAAAUCUAAAAGCGUGGAACGGAUUUGAAGAGCUGGUUGAUGAGAUUAACAGAAGAUUGGACAAAAUUGAGGCUGAGAAAGGAAAAUCAAAAUAUGAUAGUCUUCAAGUCCUAGAGAAGCAUCUUUCUGUUAUCGAAGACAACAAGGAAUCACUGGUGAAAACGGAAGAACUCAGAGAGACAUUGGCGGAGAAAUGCUUCAAUGAGCUAGAGAAAGCAUGCUCGCCAUCUGGUGAAAAGAACUUGGCCGAUGAAAUGAGCGACUUAAAAUCACGGCAAGAUGCUGCUAUCACUCAACUUGACCGAAAAAUCAAGGCUCUGAGGAACCUGCGCUCUCAAUGGAGCGAAACUGAAUCCCUUUUACACGAGCUAUCAAGAGAGCUGGAAGAAAACGAGCAGGAAUACGCGCAACUUGACGCCCAGUCAAAGGCAGAUGGAGAAACUCGAGAAGCACCUCAAACUUGGUACCAGCAGCUUACCGAGUUUGAGGCCAAACUUCCACUUUUUGAACCUCGUUUACGAAAGUGCGACGAUUCAAUUGUUCAGUUAGAAUCGCACACAGAACCUGGCAGUUCGCUCAAAACCCGGGCGGCUAAUCUUCGCGCUCGAUGGGAGACACUUUCGGAUGCUUCUAAGACGCUCCUGAGCCUCGGAUCAGAACUCGUCUCCGCCGGACAGCGAAUUCGAAACAACUUAGCGACAGUAAGAGGCAACUUGAACGCCGCUGAAGACAUUUUACGAGUCGUAGAAGAAAGUGAAAUUUCCCAGGCAGAUGAGAUCGUCCCAUUGAAAGAAGAAAACACACGCGCCGGGCUUUUGUUGGACUCUUCUUUGGGCACGCUAAGCACCGUAAAAGCGCACGAGAUCUCUGCUCAAGUUCAAGAAGAGAUCGAAGAACUCGAGAGCAAGGCGCAAACUCUGAAGGAAAAACAAAGCCAAUUCAAGUCCGAUCUGACAAAAGCGCACAAAAUAUGGCUGGAAAGCGACGAAAACUUUAGAAUUAUACAAGCAUUUAUUGAUCGAGCCUCUGUUUAUGAUGUGGCGGAUCAGAAAAUUGCUGUGAAUCCAAUUCAGUGGCAGUCGGACAUAUCUGCGAUCAAAUCUCUUCAGUCAGAAUACGAGAAUAUUCAGGAGACACCAGAUUUGCUGAGAUCGCAAGUCGAUGAAAUCUGCAAGCUGUGCAAUUGCGAAGCUGAUCGAAUGACAACCAAAGCUGCAAGUCUUGAGGUCGUUUUCACCGGAAUCCCCCAGGUACUCGAAGAUAUGGUAGAAAAGAUCAAGGAGGUGAAGAAAGCAACGGAAGAGUUUGCAAUUACUAUGGAUCGAAAAAUGAAUGAAGUCCUGAGAAUCGAUUCUAAAACAAGAUCUCAAAAGACAAUUCAAAUCGAACUCAUAGAAGAAAUGAAAAAGACCUCGGAUGAGACUCUUCAAACUCUUUCCGCGGCUGCAAGUGUUGAUGAAGUAUCUCUUCUCGUUCGGAAAAUUGAUCAACUUAUUCCAACUGAGGACUUUAGAAACAUUUCCGGAAAACUGGUCGAGUUCAAAGAACUAUCUGAGCGAGUGAGUCUUCUUCUCAAGGGAAGAAAGCGUGCUGCAGAAAUGCUUGGAGAUCUUCAGGCUCGCUGUUCUCCCCUGAUGGACGAGAUUGAGAAGUUUACUGCUAUCAUGAAAGAAAACGGAGAAUUCGACGCUGAAAUGAUUCAAGACUGCAAAAACAUCACAGAAGAGCUCGUCGAUGCGCUCAAAAUUGCGAUAAACUUUGACAACCAAGCCCACCAAGGCCACUUGCAAUUUGUAUUCAAAGAACAAACAAUUCUCGCUCGACAGCUAAUCACAAGAUUAGACGAAAGAGUGGAAGAAAUUCUGCAAUUUGCUUCUCUCCAAAGUUCAUCAAAGGAAUCCAAAAAUCUCGCCUAUGAUAACUUCAAACGAAGAGCUGAAGAACUCGAGCAGCAAAUUCUCGAUCUCCAAGAUGAGGUCGAAGAGCUCGAAAAAGCGAAAGAAAUGACUCAAUACUCAAAAACACGGAAACUUGCUCAUAUGGUUGAACAACUGUCAAACUUCAACGAAAUAGAAAUGAAGUCGAUCCGAGCAAAGGGAGAAAAGAUCUGUCAAGAACGGAAAGAACUGUCUGAUGAAGUCAAUGCCAAGAUUGACGCUCUUCAGAAACUUAUUGACGCGACAUCAGAGGAGUUUUCUGAUUUCAGGCAGCAUUUGACUGAAUUGCAUUCUGCUGAAAAUGAGUACAAAGACGAAAUCGCUACGAUCAAGCAGCUUCUGAAAAACGUCGAAAAAGUAAUUGGUGAAAUCAAGGAAGAGGACGUCGCGUCAAAUGUCGUUUCUUCAUUGCGAAAAGCAAGGGAAGAUCUCGAAGCGCAACAAGAAAACGCUGACAAGCUCAAAAAGUCGAAAAAUCAGAUCAAGGUCAAAACCCUGGAGCUGAGUCAAAGCCUCGUUCUGAAAAGUAUCCCGGCAGAGGUUGCUUCAAAGUUCGAGAGAGACAGCUCUGGAGAAUCUUCUGAUGAAGAGUCUUCGAAAUCUAACGCGUCUUCAAUCGAAUUACUGACAGAUCAAUACAUGGAUUUACAAGAUCAAGUCGAAGAGCUCAUUCAAGAGUAUGAAAACACCGCUAAAAUCGACGAAAACAUUAGCGAAUUUGAAAAUACCAUCGACGCAUGGGCGCGUCAAGUUGCUCAUGAAUUGAAUAACAACCUCGAUGGAAGUAAAUCCCUCUCAGAACGGCUUGAACAGCUUCCGAUGGAAAUCGAAGACCACGAAGCCCAACUCGAACAUUUGCGAUCGAGUGCUCAAAACGAUUCGCAAAAGACUUCUUUAGACGAAAUCGCCAAGCGACUUGAAAGAUCAAAGACACUCUUUGCCGCGAAAAUAAAGAAGCUAGAAUUUUUCGAAGGCGAACAUGGUCAGCUUCAAGCGUACAUUGCUGAUCUAGACUCUUGGUUAUCAGCAAAGGAGAACACACUGCUGACAAUUGAGAAAACAAACCGAGCAGAUAACAUCCCGAAAUGUAAAGAAAUCAAUUCUGAGUUGAUCAAACAACGCGACAAUGUUGAACAAGCCAAGGAUCAUCUCAAUUCACUUUGCCGAAAUUUCCAUGGCGCUGAUAAGUUGGAAGAAACAACAACUGCAGUAACUGCGCUUGUUCGGAAAUAUGAGACUGUUUGCAAGCUGUCACUCUCUGUUCUGAACAAACUCGAACAAGCUCUUGUCGAUGAGUUCACAAAAAACGAAGAAAAAUUCCUCAUCUGGAAGAAACGGGCCCAAGAAAGUAUUGCCGAAGCUCAAGAUGUAGCUGGAGAAUCGCAUGAGAUCCAAUCAAAGAUUGACUCACUAGAAGAGGUCCUCGAAAGUCAAGAAAAGGUUGAAGGAUGGCUGAAAGAACUGGCUGAAUCUAACGAUUUCGACGCAAGCAAGCCUGAAAAACACAUGCAAGAUUUCAAGGGAAUCAUUCGGGAAGCUAAACACUAUGUUAGUGUGCUCAAAGAUGCCUCGAUUUACGUCUCAACUCUCGAGGAUAAUCGAAUUACCUUACAGACGUGGCUUGAAAAGACGAAAACGAAGCUCGACGAGCAUGACAAGGACAUUGAUGAUGUAAAAGAGGUUGAUUCGUUCAUUGAAGCGCUCAAAGAUCUGAAGAGCGAAGUUGAUGCGAAAAAAGAUGUCUUCAAAACUCUUCAACAGCAAGUGAUGGACAUCGCCGAUGGCGACAUUGGAACUGUCCCGGGCAAAAGAAUCCAACUAACCGUUAACGACUUCAACAACUUGGAAAAGAAAGUUGAUGAUAAACUGAGAAAUCUCGUUUCCUUCGAGGAGCAGCUGAAUGAAUUCAACAUUUCGAAAGAAAAUCUCAGAAAAUGGAUCAAAUCUAUCCUCGACCGAGUCAGCACCCUUGAUGCCGACCUCGACAACGUCUCCAGCGUUACCGAGUGCCAAAAUGUCACAAAUCUUGUUGAUCUCGUUCUUCUAGAGAAACAAGAAGGAGAAGUGAAGAUCCACAAGGCCCUAGGCCGGGCAGAGCGACUCUGCAACUUCAUGUCUCCAACUGGUCGCACUAAACAACAAGAAGACAUGGAAAUCAUGAAGCAUGCUUUUGAAGAGCUCGUCGAUAAGUUGGAAAACUUACGUGCAAAAUCUGAGCUUCGAAAUUCUGAACUUUCGCAGUUAGCAAAAUCCUGCGUUGAACUUGAGAACACACUAGCUGACAUCGAAGCGGUUCUCGAAGAAGAUCCACCGGUUCCAUCCGAUUUCAAGGAGAAGAAACAGCGGGUCGAGAGACUAAUUGAGCUGGAAAAUGAUCUGAACGAAGUUGAGGCAAAAAUAACAGCCUCUGAAACGCUCAUGCUCGAGUCUGGCUACCAAACGAACGAUUUUACAUCGGAUCUUCCCGGCGAGCCAGUUAACAUGGACAUGAGUACAGCUUCCUCUGUAGUUGCAAGCAAUGUAUUAGCCCCGUUGACGAAUAGAGUGAACGUUAUCCGCGCUGAUCUUAAUGAGAAAAUACGAAGAGCGAGUGAAAUCCGCGACCGGCAUGAGCGAUGGAUCGUUGCAGGCGAUGAGCUCGAAGAAUGGAUCAAUUCAGCGAAAGAAGAGCUAAGUCGCUGGUCUGAUCUUGUCGGAGAAAAGGAUCGUUAUCAUCUUCAAAAGAAAGUGGCGAAAAUUGAAGAGCUUCAAAAAGCGAAAAUUGAUGGACUGGCGAGGCUUGAAGCGACUGUAACACUUGCUGAGUCUCUUGAGAAUGACACUGCUCCAGCUGGGUAUGAUCUUAUCGCGACAGAGACCAAACAGCAAAAAGCUUCUUGGAAAGAAUGGGAAGCUUCAAUUGAUGAAGCUUCUGAAUCAAUAAGUCAUGCAUUGGCUGAACUUGAAGAAUACCAAGAUGGCUUCCAAAAGGAGCAAGAAAAGAUCGAGUUCCAAUUGAAGGAGUUCUCCGAGGAUCUUAAUGCAAUUUCUCUACCAACAAGUGAAGAUAUCACUGAAAAGAUCCCGGAGCUGGUUGAGGCAGAGCAUAAAAUGAAAAAACUCUCAUCAAAGCAAAAUCCAAUCAGAACUCAAUUGAACGUUCUCUGUAGAAAAUUUGCGAAUGAAGACGCAACAGAGAUUUCUGAAGCCGUUACCAAAACGCUAUCAGAAUUUACAGUCAAGAAAACAGAGCUUGGAAAGAUCCGGAAUGAGAUCGAAACAGAUCUUCGUUCUCAAUUCAAGCUCAAAUCAAGUCAGUUUGACAGUUUUAUCCGGCGACAUACUGCUCAGCUACAACAGUUGUCGACUCCGAGAGGUGAUUUGGAAGGAGCACAGAAAAUCAUCAUCGCUUUGAACGAGUUAACCGGCGCCUGCUUAGAGCAAGGAAAUGAUAAGCUGAAGGACCUCAAUAAUCUUGCCGACAAAGGAACAGUAAUUUUCAUCAGCGAACAGGUCAAUCUCAAUCGCUCAACAAUCCGGCAACUAAAAGAAAAGUGGAAGCACUUUGUUUCCGAGUUGGAUGAAGCAAAACAAUCAGUAGUAGGCUACAUUGACGGACUCAAGGACUUUGACAAGUCUUGUUUCGAGCUGUUCCACUGGCUGAGUCAAAUGGAAUCAAGACUCAAAGCAGAGAGCGGUUUAAAAGCAACGAUCGGUUUGAAAAAGUCCAAUUUUGCUGCUCUUCAAGCUAUUGACGAAGAAACAACCGACGAACAAUACAAGUUCCUUCGAUUAAAAAGAAAAGCCGUCAAAGUUCAAUAUCCAGGAGGAACCCUUCGAGUCGGUGAACUACAGACAUCAUACAGAUCACUCUGUCAUCAAUCGUCACAGGCAAAGAGAGACGCUCAAACUCGUCUCCAGCAGCACAUGACUCUCGUCACAGAAAUCGCCGGCGCCGAGGAGUGGAUAAAAGAACGUCAGCAGUGCAUUGACUCUCUUAAUCCUGGUCUAGAAGGUGUUGAUAAGAAUGGCAUCGAAAAGCGACUGAAGGAUUCCCGUAGAAUCGCCAACGAACAACAAACAGGCGAAGGAAUGGUCCAAGUAGCAUUGAGCCGAUUAGAAAUGGUGCUUCAGGGAACUUCUCAAAACGGAAAACAUGCAGUUCAGCUUCAAGCUCAAAGCUUGAAAGAAGUUUGGUCGACAUUCUUGAACUCGUUGCGUCAUUCGGAAGAAAAACUCAGCUACAAUCUUCAGCAAUGGUCGCUUUGGGAAGAUGCAAUUACCGCGGCAAACAGUUGGUUGUCAAAGGCAGCGAAAAAUCUUGAUGAAAGAGUUGGUGAUACUUCUGAUUCGGACAACUCUGAGUCCACCAUAUCUCCGACAUUGACGAUGCAUCGACUGAAAACAAUCGUCGACGAUUUCAAUCAUCAUGGCCAUUUCUUCUGCAUCGAACAACUGGAUAAACAGACAAAACAUCUCACAGCGGCAAUCGGUCCAUGUGAAAAUGCAGCACAAAAAGUAGAGCGAACCCAGGAAAAGUAUAGAAUUCUUCUUGCUGCAGCGAACGAAAAGCUUCAAAUUUCCGCGAGCGAAGCUGAACUGCUUGAAGAUAGAAGACAUGCACUUCGAGACUUUACUGAUUGGCUUGCAGAUCAACGACCCAUCGUUGUUGGUUUCAUGGAACCAAAUGGUGUUGAUGUUGAAACAUCACUCGCCGGGCUCGUUGCUUUUGAAGCCGAAGUUAUUCCAGAAGGCGACGCAAAAUGCAACAUUUUGGAAACAGAAUGUCAGGAUGCGUACAACAAUCCAAUCAUCGAUGAGUGGCAGCAGCUCAAAAGUUCUGUGAAAUCAGGAAUCUGCGAACUCAAUGAGAGGAAGACUGAAAUCGAGCUUUUGCGAAAAAGUGUUCAAGACUUAUUGAAAUGGCUUGAAUCACAAAAUGAUGUUCUCAAAGACUCCAGCCGAAACAAGAUCAUCAUCAACGAAGACAAAUCUAACAAUGCUCCAGUCAUCGUCUCAGAACUACAAUCGAUGGUCAACGAGUUUAUGGCGAAGAAAGAGACUAAGGACGCAAUCACGGAAACAGCAAGUCAGCUCAUGGACAAAAGUCGCCUUGAUCUAGCAAUCACCAUCGAAAUCAACGAUCUAUCGACCAAGUUCCAAAACUUACUCGGACAAACGAAGUCAAAAUUAAAAUCUGCCGAACUCGCCGCAUCCGCUCUUCAUGAAAUCUCACUGAAUAUCGAAGAUAUCGAACAAUGGAUUCAAGUUAGCAAUGAAACGUUCAUCGAGGCCAUCACUCCACCCGAAAAUAUUCCCUACCCGGGAGAUCAUUUAGAAGAAGUACUCCAAACACUUCACCAGCUAAUAACCGAGUGCGAGACUCGAAGGGCCGUUAUUGUCGGUCUCGUUGACAAAUGUGACCGAGUCGUCGCUGGAGGAAACCGUUCCCCUCUUUCUGAGUCGACAAUUUGCGACAUCAAGAAAAUGGGCAAAUCGGUCAACGACAGCUAUCAAGAAUUCUACGCUAAACUUCAAUCUGCUCAGCGAAGAACGACAAAAACAAGAGCUCACUGGUGCGAUUACGAUCAUGCUCAGAAACACAUCGAUCAGUUCCUCGAAAAAGCGGACAAGAAACUGAACUCAAAUCCAAUCGGUGAGAGCAAAGAACUCGGCGAGCUGAAGAAAAAGCAAGCAGAGCUCAGCGCUCAAAUCAAAGAUCACGCUCGUGAGAAGGAGAAAUUCAUCGAGGCCGAAUUCCGUCUUGGGAAAAUGCCCCUCGAAAUUCAAGACAAAGUUGCUCCUCAUUUCUACAAACAACAAGGAAAGUUCAAAGAGCUUGGUAGGGAACUCAGGCGACAAGCAGAUGAUGUAUCCAAAGGAAUCGACGCUGUCAAUCACUAUCUCGCGGAGAUUCAAAAAUUGGAGCGAACAAUGUUCCAGUUAUCUUUUCACAUCGGAGAGCUUGAGGAGCAAAUACUCAAUUGCUCUGAGCCAGCGCUAGAACGCGAGUCUCAAGCGACCAUUCUCCUUCAAGACGUCGAAGCGUUCCAAAAAUCUGUUUCUGCAGCCCGAGCGGCAGAAUUAGACGACUCCCGUUAUCAAAAAAUGCAGCCACUGGUCGAUGCAGCAAAUGGAAUGCACCAGAAAGUCGCGGAACUUCUGGCUAAAUGCCAACGAGAUAUUGUCGAGUCGAAAGAUCGCAAUACAGAAGUCAAGGAUUACAUGCAAACUCUGUCGAAAGCACGAAACGCAAUCUCCAACAUGCCAAAAGCUCAGGAUCAAGCUCAAGCAGCCCGCCAACUCGAUCAGCUUGAGAACAUCAAAUUUGACAUGCAGGAAAUAAUCCGCUGGUGUGAGGAAUUCACUCACGAGCAACCUGAUUCUCAAGAAGGCAAGAAUGUCAUGAACGAGGCAAAAGCCGUGGAUCAACAGAGACUUGGAAAAGUUCAAUCCAUCAAGAGAGAUAUCGAAAAAUGGGACCACGAGCAAGAAACAAUCGCAGACAUUGACGCCUGGCUCCACAAAGCUGAGAAUCAACUUGAAUCGCUCACUGAUCUCCAUGAUAGCGGAUCAUCCUUCGAAGAAGCUGUUCCAAUUCUGGAAGCAAAGGCUAAAGACCUCAAUAUCAUCAUUCACGAGUGCAUGGAUUUCAAGGAGAAAUUGAACGAGCUCGAUCAAGUAAAGGAAGUUGAGCAGCUGAAAGCCCGACUCGAAGUGCUUCAAGAAAGAGCCGAAAAAGAACUCGAUGAGAUGCAUGAAUCGAUCGAAGCGGCGAAAGGUAUUCAAGUCCAAAUAGUUGCCUACAACCGAGAGCUUGAGCAACUUCAGUCUGAGUUUUCUGAAAACUCGAAGAUCGAUAAAAACUCAGAAACCAGGCUUGCCAGGUUCGAAGAGCUCGUCGAUCGAGCAAAGAGUAUUACCGGUCCAAUUUCAAAAGUCGUCACCGACUUGGGUAGCAUUCGAUCAUUGCUUCAGCCGACUCAAUACGAGAAUGGGCAAACAAUCGUCAACGAUCAAAAAUCUCGACUUGUUGACAUCAUCAGCCGCUCUGAAAACCGCUCGGCUCAUUUGCGCGAUUUGAUAAAUGAAAAGUGUGAUUUUGUAAAGAAACUUGCACAAUUCAUCGAAGCAGCGCAGAAGAAAUUGGCGGAGACUACGAUCCCCGUCGAGCAAAACUCUUCAAUCGCUGAAUUGGAGGAGCAAUUGAAAAAAGCUUGUGCAGCGCAGCAGGAGCUUGCUCAACUCAACUCACAAUUCCAGCAAUUGCGGCAGAUUCAAUUAGCAGCAGUGAAGCUUGGUUUUUCGACUAUUGAGCAGGAAGAGAUUGAUUCGACUGAUUCUAAAGCAGAAGAAAUACUUGACUCGGCGAUGAGCGCCGUAGAUGAGCGGAUCGCAAAGCUCGAGGAACUCAAAGCACAUCACGAGCGGUGGUACAACCAAGGCCGCGAGCUGAAUUCCUGGAUGGACCAAGCCGAAAAACGAAUGGAACUCCGCCUCAAACUCUUCCCUGUCAAUCCGGACUCAAUGGCGAAGCUCAUCAGCCACUACAAGAACUUUACCAGAGAGCUCCUUAGUCGACAAAAACCACUAGAAGAGUUGACGGCCAAAGUUGGCUCACUAAAGGUCCUUGUGAAGGAAACAGCUGACGAUGCGGUUUAUGUUAAAGAUCUUGAAGAGCGCUACCAAAAACUUCGAUCCGAGUGCGACAAUAUCACCAAGGACUUGCAACAUGCACUCGCGAUGCGAGAAUUGUGCAACGCCGAUUUCAACAGAGUCAAGCGAUGGCUUCAAGAAGCAGAAGUUCAGUUGACCCCAGAAUCGUCGGCAGGCACCAUCGCUGAGCUAGAAACGCAGCUAAAGCAAUACAAUCAGCUGGAGCGCGAAAUCCCUGAAAUUGCAAAUGUUCUUCGAACAGUCAAAUCCAAAGCCCACGAGAUCUCAGACACAAGUCCUCCUCAAGAAAUCAACAUUCUCCAAGAGCGCAUUGAAAAGUCAAAACAGAAACUUGACAACAUACAAGCCAACGCCGCGAAAAAAGCAGAAAUGACUGAGAAACUCAUCACUUCCCGCCGCGAGUACGAGCGAACAACUGCCCAAGUCGAAGCGUUCUUAUCAGAAGUAGCCGCUAAACAAUCCUCGCCGAAGGAGAUGAGUGACUUGCUGGACAAAAUCCGGCCUGAUAUCGAAGAACUUCGUUCGAUGAAAGAGUCGCUCAAGCAAGCUGGACAGCCAUGGCAAGCAGAAAGGCAUUUGAAACUCUUGACAAAAUUCCAUCAACAAGAGCACAUCGCCCGUGAACUCCUCGCCAGGGAGGAAGAAAUCGCAAAGCUAAAAGAAGAGUACGAAUGUAAAUAUGAAUCAGCCGCUAGUACUCUUGACGAUAUUGCCACCCCAGUCGCCUUUUCUUCCAUGUCUUCGCCAAAAGAAGAUGAAAUUGAAAAGAAACUCGCUUGCUGCCACGUGACAAUCGCAGAUCUUGCGAAACUUCGCCAAGAUUUGAAGGAAAUCACGAUUCUCGCACAGAAACUCGGAAACAAUGAGCCUAACAGAAUCAGCCAAAUCAACGACAAAGUCGGUCGACACAUGGCUGAGUGCAACGCGAUCAUUCGCGAGUGCCAGUCAAAACUCGCUGGCCUCAGAGACUUUAGUUCAAUUAUUUCUAGUGAGCUCAAAUGGCUCCGAGAGACUCAAAUCGCCAUAACAGCGCCGCAAAGUCUCCCACUGCAGGUCUCUGAAGUUCAAAAAAUGAUCGUGAGACUCAACCUUCUGGAAGACGAGACCGUCUCGAGGCUUGAUCAUCUCGAAAAACUUCUAGCAGUGGAGGAAGAUGAGCGAAUUCCAGACGAUGAGCGUGACAAUGCCAGAAAAACCUUGGAAACUCUUAAACCAAGCUUGCUAUCCGACUUUGAUUCGCAAAAGAAACUCAUGUCUGAAGCUUUGUCUGCCAGACAGACCUACGCUGAAAGAUUAAACUCUGUUUCCGGUCAAUUGGGCGCUGCUUCUGCUCGAUUAGAUCUGAUUGAAUCUGACUGUAAUGGUUUUGUGAUGCCAGAUCAGGACGAGCUCAAAUUCACUGAUCAAGAACUGGAAGAUGUUCAAUCAGUUCUGAUUGAUAAAUUGAACGAAUUCGAAGCAGCAAGCCAGUGUCUCUCCCUCUCUCCAUCAACAAAUCAUCUCGCCCAAGACCGUGUCAAAGAAGCUAUCACUAUCAUACGACAAAAAGCGAAUCAACUGUUGAACCAAGCUUCUGGAAUGAAAUCAGACAUCAGCGAUGCUGCUGCCGCAUGGCAGAGCUGCGAGAAAGUCAUCAAUGAAAUUCGCGAGGAGCUCAAAAUGGCGGAUCAAUUCUGUAACAACUACAAAGACGCCAAUUCUCAGAAUGCGACGGAAGCAACGAAUCUUGCUGAAGCGUUCAGAUGCUACACCGAUGAAAUGAGCAAGUGUUGCGAGGAACGAUUGGAGCAACUCGAUCAAGUUGCCGCAGCGCUUGGCUCUCAGCAAUCGCUUCUUUCUGCAUACGAGGUUCUCAAUGAGCGCUGGGAUGAAACGAAAUCUAACGCCGCGAUGAUUCGAACAGAGUUGGAAGCUAAGGCAAGCAGGUGGUCAAUUGUUGAGCCAAUGGCGGCGAAAAUUGAAUCCUCGCUCGACGAAAUCGCCAAUUCUCUUGAUAAAGAAAAAUCUUCCGGGUUCAAAUCUUCCGAAAACAAGUUCGAGAAGCUCUUGGAUAAAUCUAACGAGACGAUCGACGAAAUCUUGCAACUGGAACACAUGAGCAUUCCCCUCGGUCACGUGGGCACAGUUCUUCAUCAGCGUUUACAUUCACGCGCGCAAUAUCAGAAGGAUCUCUUGGAAGACCUGGUCAAGGAUGAAAUCGAUUCAGCAGAGCUGAAAGAAGCGGCGUUCAAAAAAUUGAACCAGCUAAAAUCUUGGUUUGAUGAAAACCUCCUCUCGGUUAUCACUGAUCCAUCUGAUUUGGAACAUUUGGAAAUUGACCAACUAAAAUCCCUCCAUCGUCAAAUCUGCCAAAAGGAAAAAGAAGUCUUUGCAGCCGGGAAAGAAGCCGCAAAGCUUUAUUCUGACAAAACCCCACCAAAAGAGCUCGGCUCAAUGAUUUCAUCCCUCCAGCGAGAGUUCUCUCUUGCCAAGAAAAACAUCGAAUCUGCUUGUUCUCAGUUGCGCAGUACAGUUGCCAAGCGAGAGGAAGCUGGUGUUAAACUAGUGACGUUGAUGACUGCUUUGCAAGAUGCAGAGCUACAGCUAUCAGAUCCUGUCGGCGAUGAUACAGAUCUCAAGGUCGCCACGAAAAAGCAAGAAAAACUACACAGCAAACUGGACGAGCUCCAUCUUGAAUUGUUGAGACUCGAAGCGGAGGCUACUUCUGGUACUAAAGAGGACUCUGUUCUUCCUGAGGUCUUGAAAACAGCCUGUCAGCAGAUGAGCCGAGUGCAACAGCUAGCUGAUCUUCGAGAUAAACAACUUGAAAAGGCUGCGGAAAAGGACGAGGAAGUAGAAUCCCUGCUGCGCAAAGCCGACCAUCUUGCCACUUUAGCAACAUCGGAAUUGAACUCGAUCGAGCGGGAAGCUGAGCCGGAAAUGAACGCUUCAACUAUUGACCAGAAGUAUUUUGAGCUUGUUGCUCUUGCCGACCGACUUUCUGGCGUUUCUAAACAACUCAAAGAGGAAUCGAAAAAACGAAGACCAAUGGAGCAGCAGUUAUCGCUAGCAGCAGACAGCGCGAAUUGCACAAGUUCGCGACUGCGUGCACGGGCCGAUAAGCUUCGAGAGCUGUCGAGUAAUGCGAAGAGCUGGGGAUCCGAUAUCCGUGAAGCGCAGGAUAAACUCGUUCGAUCGGUCAACAAGCCACUUACUGUUUCGACCCCUGUUAUUCAAAUUACACCACCAAACGAUACGCCCAGUCCCAUGACAACCAGCUCCAAAACACCAGUUUCAAGCAAACUCUCACCAGAAGCGUCGUAUUCGGAAGUAGAACGACUGCGAAAAAAGCUCCGAAGUUUUACCUUUGCCGAUCUUGGCGAGUCCAAGCUCUUGUCGCAGCAGCUCGAGGAUUACAAAGAGCUACAUAAGCAGCUCAAAGCAGCUGUCCAAUCGGCUAAGAUGAGCCAGAAAAUCUCGGAGGUAUCGAACCCGCCGAAGAAGCACUCGCCGAGGUUUUCCAAUAAAUCCAUUUCGCCAGCAACUUCAAGUGUUCAAAAAACAUCUGCACCUGCGCUAAAUGGAACCGGUGAUGCUCCACUUCCUCAAGCGACCAAAUUGGAGCCCUUGCUCGUCGUAGCGAGCAACAAUACUGGUGGCGCCUCGGCCGAGUAUUGGACGAACAACGACAGCCCGCAGAGCAGCUGGACCCCUCGCGUGGCGCCAUCUCGUUCCCCAGCGAGUAUAAAAUCGCCGGCGACGAUUUCAACCUCGCCCCAGUUCGCUAAUGGGCACCAUGCGCAAGGUCCUCCUACAAACAGGACGACUACCAGCUCCACCAGAAGCCUGAAAUCGACAGAUUUGGCUGCUGCGCUGGAGCAACUCACCUUCGCGCCAGAAUUCCAGAGAUUAUGCCAGAACUCGGCGACGGCGCUUGAUGAGUGCGAACAAGUACUACAGACCCAAUCUGGCGGCACACUCGAUGCUCAAAUGGAACGAGCGGACUUGUUGAGCAAUCGGCUGGAUGAUAUCUACCCAGAUCUCGAAAAGUGCGACGAUCAAACAAGCUCGAUUGCUGCUAAAGCGCCGGAUUUCAACUCGCAAAACAUCGCGAAAAACAUCUCAUCAAUGCUUCUUGAUCGAUGGGAUACAGUCCGAAUGCGCGUUGCCCAACAACAAAACGCCAUCGAAAUCCAAAUGCUUGAAUCUGAACAGUACCGGCGCAUGGUAGACGGGUACAAGUCCGAGCAAGAAUCGCCCACUUCUGCUUACAGCAUCACCACAAACUAA